AUGGCUAAAGAAAGUCUUUUAGUUAAUGGAGAACUUGAACAACAUACUGUUGUCCCCAUUGUUGGCGAUGGUGCCUGUUUAUUCCGAGCUCUUUCUUUUUUAAUACACGGAACACAAGUCAAUGCGAUGGAGACUUUCACAAAGAAUAACAAGAUGAUGCAGCACAUCAACUACAGAGUGCGCGUCACCUUACAAGAUUUCAGAAUGUUCAUUGGCACAUUUAAAGCCUUUGAUAAACAUAUGAACUUGAUUUUGGCCGACUGUGAAGAAUUUCGUAGACUGAAAAGAAAAGCCAAAGGACCUACAAUACCCGCAGAACCAAGAGUAGAAAAGCGUGUACUUGGUUUUAUUUUAUUACGUGGGCAAAAUAUCGUAUCUAUAACUAUCGAAGGACCCCCUCCACCCGAGGAAGGUUUUCCAAGAAUUCCACUACACGGUGGUGCUGGUGGUCCAGGAUCUAGCCGUGCUGCCGGACGAGGGAUGCCUCCUGCCAUACCAUCACCAGCUACACCUGGCUUACAAGGACCAGUGAGAGGUGUUGGAGGUCCUUCGCCAGCUGCAAUGGCUCAACCACCAAUAAGAGAUUUACCAAUGAUGGCUCCUCCACCAGGCAUGAUGGCUGAUAUGCCACCAUUGCAUGGUAUGGGUCAAGGUGGACCAUCAAGAAUGCCAGCCAAUAACAUGUGUGGUCCUCCACCUAUGAUGAGAGGUCCUCCAGCUGGUCCAAGAGGAUAUUAGUGUGUAAUACUGAUAUUAUCUACUGAAGAUUUGAUACGACUAAAUAAAUAAUCAUCGCAUA